CGUUUGAAUACCAGCUUGAGCCGGUAAAGAGCUGUCAAAACAGGCAGGAGUACGUUGACUGCCAGACCGGCUACAAGAGGUGCGGAUGAGAAGAUGCCGCCGCUUCUGCCGGCACAUUUGUCAUUUAAACCAUAAUGUUAGCGACUGUCCAUAUCUCAGCCGAAAGCGACAAGUAACAUCGUUGGCAAUGAGAUGUUUUAUGGGCAGGCUCGAGUACGACUCCUCACGAUUGAGUAGAGCAGCAAAGCAAUGAGAAAGCAUUUGUGUUAGUUCCACCAGCAGGCAACGCUUCCUCUGUUCAAGAGCUAUUCUCCGGUCACCGCUCUGCCGUCAUGAAGGCAUCCAUUUCCCGUGGUUGCCUGGGUCCAAAUGUCUACACGGAGGUGCCCGAAGGUGGCUGGGGCUGGGCUGUAGCUGCCACCUUCUUCAUCGUGGAGAUCUGCACCUAUGGGGCUCUCAAAAGCCUGGGGAUCUUUCUCCAGGAUUUGAUGGAGGAAUUUGAGGAGAGUAACAGUCGGGUUUCAUGGGUCAUCUCCAUCUGCGUCUUCAUCUUCACUUUUACCGCCCCCCUCUCCACCAUGUUGAGCAAUCGCUUUGGCCAUCGCAUCAUCGUAAUGCUGGGGGGCGUCCUCAUCAGCUUGGGUACCAUCACCUCCGCUUUCACCAACUCCAUCAACGAGAUGUACAUCACCAUUGGCAUAGUCUCAGGCUUUGGCUACUGCCUUACCUUCCUCCCCACUGUCACAAUUCUUGCACAGUACUUCUCCAGGUGUCGGGCCCUCGUCACCUCUGCUGCUUCUUCCGGGGAAUCUUUCGCCAUCUUUGCAUUUGCACCAGCCUUCACGAAGCUGAAGCAGCACAUCGGAUGGCGGCGCUGUCUCAUUGUCCUUGGAGUUUUUCAAUCUUGUAUUAUUGCUUGUGGCCUUCUUCUUCGUCCAAUCCUCAUCCGGCCGGAGCUUGAAAAGGAGGACAAUGAAAUGGUCGAGCAACUCCCUCUGGAACAGCUGGGGGAGGUUUAUGAGUUGGAAAAUGAACAAACCAGAACCUCCAUCAGUUCAGGAGGUUCCCAGAGUUCAGAGGACUCAGGCGUCACUUCCCUUUCUGCCUCAAAUGUGGAUUUGGGGAUGGCAGGAGUGGAAAUCAAGGUGGAGUGGGAGCUGCAGGGCCAAGAGAACCAGGAACCGUCAUCAUCCACACCGCCCUCCCCAUUCAAGGUGCAUUCUGAGUCGAACGUGUCACCCCAAUCCAAACUGCUGGAUUUCUCUGUCCUGAAAGACGGUGCCUUCAUUUGCUACUCGCUCUUUGGCCUUUUUGCCACUCUGGGCUUUUUUGCCCCUCAGCUCUACAUCGUCGAACUGAGUAAAAGCCAUGGCGUGGAGCCCAGCAUGGCGUCCUAUAUGCUCUCUGUGAUGGCGGUGGCCGAGAUCUUUGGCCGUCUGUCCAUUGGCGUGUUGUUGAACAAAGUCACUUGCAGAAAGACCCUGGUGUUGCUCUGGUGUGUUGUAUUUUUGUGUCUGGUGCUGGUGGCCUUCACCAUCGUACGGGACUUUUGGGGCCUGGUGGUCUGCUGUGCCAUCUACGGCUACUUCCUGGGCACUGUGGGCUCCACGCACAUCCCCAUGCUGGCAGAGGAGGACGUGGUGGGCAUUGACAAAAUGGCCACAUCUGUGGGAGUCUACGUUUUUAUUCAGAGCUUUGCUGGACUUGCCGGACCACCUCUAGGAGGUGUGUUGGUGGACAUCACCAAUAAUUACGGUGCUGCUUUUUACUCCUGUGCCGUCGGGAUGGGGCUCAGCGCCGUCUGUCUCGCUCUGGUUGGUCCAGUCAAGUCUGGCAUGUGCCGGAAGCGGAAAGGUGAAUUUGCGGAGGAGGGAGAGAAAACUUUCCAGGACAACGACCUGCCGGACUUUUUGGAGGUGGAUAUGACAGUCGAGGACAGCCCCGUGAAAAAGUCUAUGUCUGGAGACAACACUUGUAUAAUAUGAGCCCGAAAGAGCCUCAGCAGAUGAAAAAAACAACAACAAAUCCGACACAGAUGAGGAGGCCGCCAAAUUUCCAUCACCUAUCUACAGCUGCUGCUCGUUUUCCAAUCUCAGGUGUCGCCCACUCUGACAAGCUUGAAGCUCAAUCUAAAGGAGACCAAAGACAGCCAUGCUGAGCAUAUGGUUUCAAAUCUUUGUCGACUCUGUCACACGAUCUGCUUAUAAACACUUCACAGGCUUCUGUAACUCCCACCAGAUCCAGUCCAUUUUAUUUAUACAAGCGCCAAAUUACAACAGAAGUUGUGUCAGGGCACUUUCCGCACGGAGCAGGUCAAGAGCCACACUCCUCACUCAUGAAGACCCCGCAUGAGCAAGCACAACGCAAGACUGAAAUUAUGCAGUGCACGCAGGAACCCUGCUCAUGUUAAGGCAUGCAACCUAUCUGCAUGUCCGUGAUCAUCAAGAUUUAAAUGUCGGCGCAGAAAAAGACAGAAAUAUAAAACAGCACAUCAGCGAGUGUUCAUUUCUAGAUUUCGCACAAGCCUUACAAACCUCAGCACGUUAGUUCUUGUUUUCACUCAAAGGCAUUGAUUUUAUUUGUACUUUGUUACUCCGUUCGUAUUCAUUGCCAUUAGAAUGACCUUGUUACACAACAGCAUACGUGUUGGAAAAGCGAUGAAGAUCUGAAAUAUCAGCGUUCAGAAUACAGUGGAGCCCUGCAUACGCACAUACCUGUUUUGUGGGGGGCGCGGGGGGUUCAGGAUUAAAAAAUAAGAUUUCGGGUGAGAGGCAACCUUUUGCUUUUGUACAGAAAGCUUGUCGGUGGUAUAUCACCGCUUUACAACAAAUUGGGGGAGGGGGUUCAUUUUUAUUUUAUUGUAUUUGAUCUUUUAUUAAUGCAUUUUAAUGGCUGUCACCUAUACACAGAUUUUGACUAUUGUUGGACUGGUCCGAUAUUUCCCCUACAAAUAGUGGGGGUACAAUGUCAUACAGACCUAAAUGCACCGGUACACGUUGAACGAGAUGGGCAUGUAUGUUUCAUUAUGCAGUAUGUGUGAAUGAAAUGUUUUUCAGGACAAAGAUGUUGCCCCUCCCCUCUCAUGACGGUGCACACCCUCACCUGAAGUUUAGUUCCCAAACCCUUCUGUAGUUGCUGUUUACCUUUUAUUCAUACUGUUUCAAAUGAGCAUUUGUUUAUUUUCAGUGCCAGUGUCUUUUUUUAACAAACACUUUGCAGCCAGUUGCCUGUUAUGUGUUGAUUUCAUAGUUGUGGGUUUUUUCAAUGAAGAAAAAAGUCUUAAGAGUUU